AUGACAGCAGAUAAAACCCCAUACUCCUUAGUAUUUGGAGCAGACGCCAUGAUCCCCAUAGAAGUAUUGAUCCCAACAGCGAGAUACCAACUCCAGACUCAAUACAAUAACGAUAAGAUCCUAGUUGAGGAUCUUGACACUAUUGAUGAAAUAAGGGAUCUCGCCAAGAUCCGUAUUGCAGCUCAUCAGCAAAGGAUCGCUAAAGCCUACAAUAGGAAUAUUAAGAUCCGAAGAUUCCAAGUAGGCGACAUGGUUUUAAGAAAAUCAUUUCAAAACACCAAGGAUACUCGAGAUGGUUGUAUCGAAACCGGGACCAACAGUGAAGAGGAUCUUAGGGAUCAGUCAUUCACUAUGAACACAGAAAUACAAGUAGCAAACAAAUCUAUUGAAACACAUAUGGUUAACGACAUUGAUGCAAAUAGUUAUCUAGAAUCAACUUUAGAAUGCGAGAAAAUAAAUGAUAUCGAUGUAAAUCUGGGUCAUGAUGGAGAUGAAAGUAUCAUUGGAAAGGUUUUCAGUACACCUCAUGAUGCAUAUACGUUUUAUAAUCAAUAUGCUUUUUUACAUGGAUUUGGCUUUAAAAGAUUGAAGGCUAAUAGUUCUGGGGUUGCAAAGAAACAACGUAGAAAUUUGAGGACCGGAUGCCAAGCAAUGCUUCGAAUUUCAAAAGGAAAAGAUGGGAUAUGGUUUGCGGACAUGUUUAACGAUACCCACAAUCAUGAGUUAAGUGUUACACCUACAAAAGUAAUGAAGCAUCGUUCUCAUGGGAAGCUUCAUCGUUCAUUGGCAUGUAAAUCUCUUAUGUUGGAGCUUGGUCAAUCAGGAUUAAAGCCUUCCCAAAUAAAAAAGGCUGUUAAUGCAAUGAAAACUCCACAGGAUCUUGAUGUUACUUCAAAACAAUGUGUGGAUAUAUUAUCUGAGCAACGAAGACAAUACAAAGGUAAAGAGUUUUACGAGCUUAUCAAACAUUUCCAAGAUAAAGCAUUAGUAGAUGAUAACCAGUAUUUUGUUGUGGAUUUAUUUGAGGACGGGUCUCCUCGAAAUAUUUUUUGGGCCGAUGGAAGAUCAAGGGAUGCCUAUACUAAAUUCGGAGAUGUUGUUGUCUUUGAUGUUACAUAUAUGACAAACAAAUUUAAGAUUCCAUUUUCUCCAUUUGUUGGGGUGAAUCAUCAUGGUCAAACCAUACUAUUUGGUGGUGCAUUGCUAGAAAAUGAAAAGGAAGAAACUUUCUGUUGGUUAUUUGAGCAUUUUUUAAAGUGCAUGUUCAACAAGCACCCAUCUGCAAUGAUAACCGAUCAAGAUAAAGCAAUCGGUAAUGCAAUAAAAAAAGUGUUUCCAAACACUCGACAUCGCUACUGUGCAUGGCAUAUUAAGAAGCAUGAGCUUGAACAUCUCCGACCGCUUGUAGCCCAUUAUAGUGAUUUUAAGGAGUCUUAUAGACGGUGGGUAAAAAGUGAUACAGUUGAAGAAUUUGAAACAGAGUGGGAAGUUAUGCGUGGUAAGUAUAACCUUGAAAACUGUUGUUGGAUCAUCAAUAUGUAUAACCAACGAAAACAUUGGGUUAAAGCCUACUUAAAGGAUGUUUUUUUUGCCGGCAUGACAACCAGUGGACGAAGCGAGAGCAUUCAUUCCUUUUUUGAUGGAUUUGUAAAUUCCAAGACAAUGUUGAAUGAGUUUGUAGUUCAAUAUGAUAAAGCAGUUGAAUCUCGAAGAGCUGUUGAAGAAGAUGAAGACUUUAAGACUAUGAACUCAAAGCCAAUUCUAUCUUCUGUUCAUCCAAUAGAAGCAAAAGCAGGUGAAUGUUAUACCAAAAAGAUUUUUGACAUUUUUAAAAAAGAAUGGAUAGAAGCUACACAAAAUUUAACUCAUGAAACAUUAAGAAAAUGUACAGAAGAAAUCAAAUAUAGAGUUGGCGAAGUGGAUAUUGAUAAAGCGCAUUGGAGAUUUGUUAGUUAUCGUUUCACGAAUCAAGUGGAUGUCAAAUGUUCGUGUGCUAAGUUUGAAACAUAUGGCAUAUUAUGCAAACAUAGUCUAUACGUGAUCAAGAAGAGAAAUGUUCAAACCCUUCCUGACCAUUAUAUUUUACCUAGGUGGACACUUGAUGCAAGGUUUAGGUUGGGUAGUCAUAGCGUCGGAAUGCAUGAGAUCAAUACCGAAAAGGAAGUUAGUGCCUUAACCCUAUGGUAUGUCCGUGCGAACUGUAACAAAGCAAUCGAACAUGCAAAAGACUCCCCUUCAAAGAUAAAAAAGUUCAACAAUUUAGUGAUAAAGUUUUUAGAAGAUGAAAUUAUUCAGAAAAAUCCAAAUGGACCUCAAAACGUACCUCAAGAUUCUUGUGUAGGAAUUUCCCAGUUAGACAUGAUGCCUCAUAUAUCUAUUCGAGAUCCAAUUUUUCUUACUAACACGAAAGGGCGUCCUAAAAAUGCAAACAUGAUUAAAUCUUCUUUGGAGCUGGCAAAGAAAAAGAGAACUUGUUCUCAUUGCAAGGGUCUGGGUCAUUAUGCUACUGGUUGUCCAAGCAGAAAGGCAGAGGAGGCUUUACAAGAGAAACAAUGA